UUUUCCCAGGGCACGCUCAGCUCCAGGCUCCACAAGACCAGCGGGCCUCCAGGAUGCAGGCCCCGCACAAGGAGCACCUGUACAAGCUGCUGGUGAUCGGUGACCUGGGUGUGGGCAAGACCAGCAUCAUCAAACGCUAUGUGCACCAGAACUUCUCUUCGCACUACCGAGCCACCAUUGGUGUGGACUUUGCGCUAAAGGUGCUCCACUGGGACCCAGAGACCGUGGUGCGCUUGCAGCUCUGGGACAUUGCAGGUCAAGAAAGAUUUGGAAACAUGACAAGAGUCUAUUACCGAGAAGCUAUGGGAGCAUUUAUUGUCUUUGAUGUCACCAGGCCAGCCACAUUUGAAGCAGUAGCAAAGUGGAAAAAUGACUUGGACUCAAAGUUAACUCUCCCUAAUGGGAAGCCAGUGUCAGUGGUUUUGUUGGCCAACAAAUGUGACCAGGGAAAGGAUGUGCUUAUGAACAAUGGACUCAAGAUGGACCAGUUCUGCAAGGAGCAUGGUUUCGUGGGAUGGUUUGAAACUUCAGCGAAGGAAAAUAUAAACAUUGAUGAAGCUUCAAGAUGCCUGGUCAAGCAUAUACUUGCAAAUGAGUGUGACCUCAUAGAGUCCAUAGAACCGGACAUUGUGAAGCCCCACCUCACAUCACCCAAGGUUAUGAGCUGCUCUGGUUGUGCCAAGUCCUAGAAGGCACCUCUGCUGGCAUAUGGCAGACAGAACCCCAUGGCCCUAAUGAAUUGUGCUUCAUUUUUUCUUUAUUACCAUUUUGGUAAGUGUCAGGAUAGAGAAGCACAUGUGACAAGCCAAAGAUAUAUAACUGCCUGUUUCAUGUCAGAGAGGAGCAGAAAAUGUUCUUUAUAUGUUUUCCCUGACCAUCAGCACAGUGUUUACAAGCUUUUUAAAACAUUUGUCUCUUGUAAAAUGCUGUUUUAUCACUGAGCAAAGUCACUCAGGGACACAUCCAGCUGUGAUACGUGUUCCUUUAAUUCAGCAAAGGCCUCUGGUCUUCUUGAGAAGGGGAAUAAGAGAGCCAGGCAGAGGUCAAACUAAGUGUGAAUUUGCCUUGCCCUGGUGCGUCUUUGUUCAGGAUUCAAUUUGUUUCUGGGUGGCCCUACAGGUCUAUGAAAUAGAAACAGUAUUUUUGCCACUCUUGGAAGACCUAAGGGUUGUCUGUGAUGUUGCUCUUCAGAAUCAUGUGCACAGGCAGCCUGUGCUUUUGUUGCCUUCAUUGUUACUUGCUGUGCCUUGAAUGCUGGUUUAAAUGAGAACUGUAUGGAAAGACUUGUUCCCUGUAUGUGCCUUUAUUUUAGCAUCCUCUGACUCAAGCUGUGGGAGUUCUCUGUACAUGUAAGAUAUAUUAUAUAUAUUUUUCACAAGUGGAAAAUAAAACAUUAAAGAUGCUGUUUCCUUA